GUAGGACCGGAGACAGAAGUAGACUCAAGCUUUAAACUCUCCAGUUCCCACUGGCUUCCGCUGGACUGAAGUAGCCUUUCUCUGCAGUGGUCAACUCACCAAGUGCAGAGGAGCCACCCAGCCCAGGUGCUGUGUCUACUGUAAGUGCAGUCAUGCUGGGGACACCAGAGACAACUUGCCCUGUGGUUACACACGGGAUCUCUGGAGGAAUCGAGGCAGCUGCAAACACCAGAGCCCCCGCCAUAGAGCUCUUCUGGUUGGCCUUCUCCAGAUGAAGACCUAAAAAAUAACACACCAGCGUGGGCACCCAUGAACCUCCCCAUCCUCCAACAAGGGGCUUCAGAGCUCAUGUGGACCUGGGAGAGGAGGGUGACCCUCGGUCUUCAGGCUGUGCUCUUCAGACCUGGAGCCCUCCAAACUGGCCUGGCACAUGUGCUCAAAUCCCUCCAAGGAGGAAGAGGGAGAUGUGUGCAGCAGUCACACUGUGUCCUUGGAGCGCCACACCAGCCACUCCUGCUCCUCUGUUAACCUAGAAGCCACCAGGAAGUCCAGGGGAAUCUCAGUUUCCUGUGUUGGAACAAAUGGCUGGGUGAACCUCCAAGUCCUACCAAACCCUGUGUUCGAAGGAGACACCCUGACUCUGCAAUGCCAGGUAAAGGGGAUCACAGCACGGUCCCAGGUGAAGUUCUACAAAAACAGAAAAUUCCUUAAUUUCUCUAAGAUCAACCAGCCUCUGUCCAUUGAGGCAGCCACAGUGCAAAGCAGCGGGUACUACUACUGUACCAGGGAGGUGGAAUUUCACACAUACAGACACCCACAAACCUCAGCAGUUAUCAAGGUUCAAGUCCAAGAGCUGUUCCAGCCUCCUGUGCUCAGCACAAACCCCUCUGCAGAGCCCCGUGAGGGGGACCUGUUGACCCUGAGAUGUCAGACGAAGCUGCAUCCCAAGAAGUCAACCUUGCGGCUCCUCUUCUCCUUCUACAAGGACGGCCACACAGUGCAGAACACGAGCCGCCACACAGAAUUCUGUAUCCCAGGAGUCACAAAGGGAGACUCUGGGGUUUACCAGUGUAAAGUAGCCCUUGAGGGUGGCCAAGUUCAGAAGCAGAGCCCCUCGCUGGAAAUCAGGGUGCAGGCUCCUGUGUCCCGGCCUCUCCUCACUCUGCGACACAGAGCCCGUGGCCCUGCUGUAGGAGAUGUGAUAGAGCUGCUCUGUGAGGCCCAGAGAGGCUCCCCUCCAAUCCUGUACUUAUUCUACCUGGAUGGGGAGAUCCUAGGGAACCACUCUGUCCUCCAUGGUGGAGCCGCCUGCCUCCUCUUCCCAGUGAAGUCAGAGCAAGAUGCUGGUAACUACUCCUGCGAGGCCAGGAACAGUGUUUCCAGAGAGAAGAGCCAGCCCAAGAAGCUUUCCCUGGAUGGUUCCCAAGCCUUGUCCACCCGACCCAGCAGCAACUGGCUAGUUGCUGGGCUACUCGGAGGCCUUCUUGGUGUGGUGAUCAUUGCUGCUGCACUUCUGGCAUAUUGCAGGCCCUGGAGAAAAGCUGGCCCCGCUCCAGCCCAGGAUCAGCUCUCAGCUCCAAGUGGAGAGCAGUGCCCACUGGAUGGCAAUGUAUAUCCCCAGGAAGAGAAAGAAGAAGAUAUUAUCUACUCUGUGGUACAGCCAAUGCCAAAAAGGAACAAGGUUAGACCUGCUGAGUUCACCUCCAAGGAAAAGGACGUUUCUGUCGUCUAUGCAGAGGUGAGAUGCCCACAGUCAGCUAGAUUUCCUCCAAGGACUUGAGUCUAAGAAGCAAGGCCUCCCAAGAUCCUCUCGGUGACUGCAAGGACGCUCUCUACUAGCGAUGGUGUCUCCCUCCAACACCCACCCAUCCCCCGCCUCCAGUGCUCCCCAAGCGGCCAGGAACCCCACAUGCUCCUAAGUUUCACCAGUGACCCUGAACACAGCCAUAAACGCCUUCUUUUCACACAAGUGGAAAUGUUAGUAUCUCUUUCUCUGCAGAUGCAUAAAUGAAGAAAGACAGAGACAAAGACAGAGACAGAAACAGAGAGAAAGUGAGUGGGUGCUUGGCCUGACCCUGAAAAGAAAGAAAGAGCACCAGCUCCCAUCUCAGAGGGCUGGCCCUAGAACAGGCAGCUCUGUAAUGAAUUUCCAACUUCUAAGAUGCUACUGGGGGCCAGGGAUGUAGCUCAAUGGCGCAGCGCCUGCCUGGCAAGUGCAAGGCCCUGAGUUCGAUUCCUGGUACCAAAAAAAAAAGAUGCUGCUGAGGCCCACAAGUGACUCUCAGAGGGCCUCUUGGAGGUUCAGCAAGAACAAGGUCAGGCAGGAAAAGUUCCGGCCCAGAUAAUAUCAUGGAACCUUUGAGAGUGAAGUGCGAGCCCUGCCGACACCAACUCUGCCUCCACACACGGGCCUGUUUCUGUCCCCACCCCUUCCAGUGUACCAGAGACAGAACUGGGACUUGCCCUGAGCCCCCAUUUGUAGCAGGCACCAGAAAGCUCUGUUACCCCUUGCUUAUUUAAAAAGAUACAGCAGAGCGAUGGAUACAACGAAGAUAUGUUAUAUGCGUGUUUGCAAACACCACAUUGAAACCCAAUAUUUUGUACAAAAUAUUUGUAAAUUUUAAAUUUUGUAAAAAGGCACUAGUUGAAAUAUAUUUUUAAAAAGUAAAUAUAAGAUAAAUAAAAAGCUGCAUAGCUGCAAAAUCUACUUUGUUAAUAGAAAUGUAUCCAUUUGUUUUAUGUUGUUCUUCAAUAUCAAUCAUUCCUUGCACCUGACUAUUCAGUUUGGUUUAUUCAGGAGUUUGCGCUCCCUGAUGCCUGAAGGAUGAGUUACACUGGCCUGACCUCAUAGGUUCCUGCCCAGGAAUCACCAUGAAGUCACCCUACAGACAGGGACCGCAGCAGACCCCACCCACUUUGCUUAUGAAGUAGGCAACACACACUCUGACAGCUCCGGGCUCCCGUCAUGUCUUCCCUGAACAGGCUUGCUGAGGUCAUGGGGUGCUUAUUAGAAAUGCCACCACUUGGACCCGGCCCCAGACUCCCUGGAUCAGAAUCUGCGUCUCAAUAGGACCUGUGGGUGAUUUGUAUGCACAUUAGCAUUUUGAAAGGGUUGGUCCACCUAGAAAGUACCUCGUCAAAGUGCACGCACCUGCUCCUCUGAGAGCCUAACUGCCUGUGACUCUGCUCUGGCUGAAGACAGAGAUGUGCAAGAGAAUUAGUAAGACAACCCAUGCUGGGUUUUUUGGUUUUGUUUUUCAUUUCUAUUCCCUUCUUGUCUUUCUCUUCCCUCACUCCAAGCCCUCCCUAUCCCCAUCUUCCUCCUCCUCCCGCUUCUCUCUUACCAGUCCGGCCCAUGCUCAGAAUACACCAGGAUGCCCUCCCCCUUGCUGACAAUCAGAGACCCCACUGCAAGGACUGAGGAGCACAGACAGAUCAUCAUGUAGCAGUCCAGGGUCCCAAGGACCAGCUGGGUACACAGCAGAACCAAGCCCUUGCCACACCUGCCUCAGAGCAGCAAUACACUCACCCCUUAUAAAAAGCAGCAACCCAACAAGUCGGCUCACGCAGAAAGACACAGGUGGUGGGGGCUGGGAUGGAACCAGCCCUUCUAGCUGACCCACAGACCACAGCCCACCUCCUCUGUGCAUGUCACACCUUUCCCCCUUCCUGCCUCUCCACCACUGACACUCACCACUGGCCUGGUGCCAGGCUGUGAAUUGCCUUUUACUAGUCCGUGACAAGAUAAGUGGGGAAAUUGCAGCAAGAAUUUAGAAACUUGUAUAGCAAUCUGGUUUGUUUAAUAUAACCAUCAAAAAUUAGGACUUGUAUUUUUGUAUGUACGUCUUGUUUUAUUUUUUUUUUCCUAGUAA